GCCCGUGCGCGCGCUCGGGGCUGCGCAGAACCGGCCUCGGCGCGAUCUCAGAGCUCAGCUCCCGGCUGCGGUGACCGUGGGAGGCAGGAGGGGGCCCAGCGGAGCGGCUGCCGAGCCUGAGAGGAUCUGGGGGCGGCGGUGCUUCCUGUCUGAGUGGCUCCAGCCCAGCGGCAGGGGCGGCGGCGGCGCCCGCGGCCCCUGAGCGAAUUGAGGAGGCCGCGAGGCGACGGCGCGGCGCGGCCCCCUCCAGCGGCCGCGCCCGGAGUAAGGCAAAAGAGAAUGAAAGAAGUAGAUAAUCUUGAAAGUAUAAAAGAAGAAUGGGUUUGUGAAACAGGAUCUGACCACCAACCUCUUAGUGAUAAUCAACAAACCAAUUGUGAAUAUUUCGUUGAUAGCCUUUUUGAGGAAGCACAGAAGGUUGGUGCCAAAUCCUUGUCUCCCACUGAACAGAAGAAACAGGUAGAUGUAAGUAUAAAAUUAUGGAAAAAUGGAUUCACAGUCAAUGAUGAUUUUAGAAGUUAUUCUGAUGGUGCAAGUCAGCAGUUUCUGAACUCCAUCAAAAAAGGGGAAUUACCUUUAGAAUUACAAGGAGUUUUUGAUAAAGAGGAGGUGGAUGUUAGAGUUGAAGAUAAGAAAAAUGAAGUAUGUAUGUCAACGAAGCCUGUGUUCCAGCCCUUCUCAGGACAGGGUCACAGACUGGGAAGUGCCACACCAAAAAUUGUUUCUAAAGCAAAGAGUAUUGAAGUUGAGAAUAAAAAUAAGUUGUCUACUGUCCCGCUAAACAAUCUGGAACCCAUCACUAAUGUACAGAUCUGGUUAGCCAAUGGGAAAAGGAUUGUCCAGAAAUUUAACAUUUCUCAUAGGAUAAGCCACAUCAAAGACUUCAUCGAAAAAUACCAAGGACCUCAAAGAAGUCCUCCCUUUUCCUUGGCAACAGCUCUUCCUUUCCUCAAAUUGCUAGAUGAAACACUCACACUGGAAGAAGCAGAUUUACAGAAUGCUGUAAUCAUUCAGAGACUCAAAAAAACCGCUGAACCUUUUAAAGAACUUUCAUAACAUUGAUUUUUGAUAUAUUAAGUGGAAAGUUUCCAGAGAAAUGAUGGUUCCAGGGAAAGUGGGCAUGCAAACCAAAACAAGGGAAAGUCAGAUUUGCUGAGCUUUAUACUGUUUAGCUCCUUCCUGAUGAGACGAUUUCUAAACAAGUAGAAGUUAGGAAAGUAAACUAUGACUGGACACGUAUUCUGUGAACUUUUUCCAGAAGGCUACUCAGAAAGAAAAAUAUACUUAUUUUCAAAUAUUAGUUAUUCAGCAUAAGAUAUAUUAAAUAACUAUGUCAUUUAAAAUCUUAAUAUGCCAUUAGUUAGCAGAUACAUUUACAGCAUCUUUCAUUCAAACAUUCGCAAAUAAUAGUGAUUUAUUUAAAUGUUAGCAGUUUCAGAUUUUUAAAAUAGCAAUACAUUAAAAAUGAAAAAUUGUACAUGGCAGGUUUGAAUUCAGUGUAGUUUUUAAAUCUGAGAUAAUCAGAAGGUUGGAAGGGGAGUUACUGUCAUGGCUCAGCAGAAACAAAUCUGACUAGUAGCCAUGAGGACACAAGUUCGAUCCCUGGCGUCACUCAGUGGGUUAAGGAUCUGGUGUUGCUGUGAGCUGUGGUGUAGGUUGCAGACAUCACUCCGAUCUGCCAUUGCUAUGGCUGUGGCAUAGGCCAGUGGCUACAGCUCCAAUUUGACCGCUAGCCUGGGAACCUCCAUAUGCUGUGGGUGUGGCCCUAAAAAGUUUAAAAAAAAAAAAAAAAGGCGGCUUGAAGGAACUGCUUUCACCCCAGCUAUGUGUAAACCUCAGAAAUGUUCCCAAUUUGCAUUCUCUUUUGGCGAGGUACACUCAAAUAUUAAUACAGCAACAGUAUAAGAAUAAAGUUGUAUAGCUUAUUGUAAUGUCAGUAAUCUGCCUUCUCACAUUUUGCAUUUUCAAAACAUGUACAUUUAAAAAUUCUUUUUCUCUAGGAUCAUCAGUUUAUCCCCUAUUUUAUUUGCUUUGAAAAAUUAGGGGAGUUCUCUUGUGGAACGCAGUGGGUUAAGGAUCUGACAUCACUGCACUGGCCUGGGUUGGUGCUGUGGUAUGGGUUUGAUCUCUGGCCUGGGAACUUCCACAUGCUAUGAACACAACCAAAAAAAUAAAAAAUAAGGGAUUUGUUCUUAGCUAGCAUUUGGAGUGAGCCAUUUAACAUUUUUUAAAUGUAUCAUGUAAAGUAUGAUUUUCUAUUCCAUUCAUUAGUCAGCAUGUGUAUAUCAUAAGGAUUAUUUAUUAUAUUCUUAGGUCACAAAGGAAAAUGUGCUUCAUAUCUUACAUUUUUAACUAAAACUGAUUAGACUUCAGUAUUUCACUGUCGGAUUAAAUCCCAAGUUUAAGAAGCUUUUUUGCAAACGACCUGUUGAUUCAUAUUUAAAGUGAAAUAUGCAUUGAGUGUGCCACAGCGCUAAGUGCCAUUCCUUUCAGCAGUAAUGUUCAUAGGGUACUGGGUGUCUGCCAGAAAGAGCAGUUCUCAAACUUUUUGGUCUUAAGACCUUUGUAUGUGUGGCUUAUACAUAUUAAUGUUAUAUUUAAAAUUAUAUUUAUUCAUUGAAAGUAAUAAACAUGUGUUAUUAUAAAGGA